AUGGAAAAUAAUUUAGAAGAUUUUGAUUUCGAGCUCCCAGAAGAUAUUGACAAUGUUUUGCUUAAUUUGGCUGUGCAGGAUGAAGAAAACUAUAAAGAGUUUUUAGUGCCUGUAUCUUACACAAAAAAUAGGCUUGUACAAGCUCAGCCUUUCUUUUACAAGUAAAAAUUAUCCAGCCCUUAUAUGACAUCAAAGCCAGAUGACACCGAAAUUGACUCAGAAAAUCGGCCAAUAAAAUCAAUCUCAAUCCCAUAUGAAGAGUCUAACAUCCCUACUAUGCCACUCUGCAAGCCACCGAUGAAAAAAGGUGAAUUUUUCAUGGAAAAAGUUUCCUCAUUUUUCAGAGAAAGGCCGAUAUGGUUAAAAAAUGCUAUGAUUCAGUCUUUAUCUGAAGAAAAUUUAUCCCAAAACCAUCUAAAACAGUAUAUUCUAUACAGUUUACUUGCAUUGGGAACGAUAAUUCUCAAUAAAAUUUUAUAUAUUUAAAAAAUUUCUAUAAUAAUUAGCAAAGAUUGUACUUGCAUCUUUAUCAUAUAGCUAUGAAAGUGGCCCGUGGAGAAAUGCAUAUGUAAGAUUUGGCUAUAAUCCUCGAGAACACCCUGAAAGUGUCUGCUUCCAAGUCAUUGAUUUCCGCACACGUGAAGAUAUCAUGACUUCUUCAUCUAAAGGCCCUUAUGACCACACCUUUUCAACUUUACCCAAACAGCAGGGACAGCUAUAUCAGCUAACUCUCCCCUUCCGUUAGAUAACAAAAAAAUCACGUUCGCUCACGGAGGGGGUUAAUUUUUUUGUUUUUUUAAAAUUUAAAAAAAUCCUAAUUCGUAAAAUUGGAAAGCACAUAUUAAUUUAAUUGUAAAAUUUAUUUUUUAAAAUGCGAUUUGUUUAAAAUUAAACAGAAUUAAUUCGAGAUUCCAUUAUAAUAAUUAUCGCUUAUAUAUCAAAAAUUUUAUUCCAUAAAAUUUUUGUUAGCUCAUAGGGGGAGUAAGUGACAUUCAAAAUGACCAAAUAAAAGACAUUUUGGUUGACCAAGAAUCAUUAUCGCCAGUUUGCACAGUAAAAAAUAUAUAGAAAAGAACGGGCUGGCUAACUAAAAAAGCGUAUGAAGAUAUAAGGAAGAUUUUGAAGGAAAUGUAUAAUAUGCUUAAAUUAGAAUAA